AUGACCAUUGAAGAUCUUGUUUCAAGGAAACCUUCUGCCUUAUUGGAGUCUUUUAGCAUGUUGACAUGGUCCUUUGUGAUCCUUGCUGGAGAAAGCAUUCCUGAAUUUGUGGAAAAACCUUGUCCACUGGCAACACCCAAGGGAGACAGAGCAAUACUCUGAGCUAAAGUUAAAAGUAAACCAAAACCUAAUGUGACAUGGAAAAGAGAGAGUGGGUACCAAUAGAGGAAGAAUCCAAAAUGUUUUUGACAAUCUUUUCAAGAAGUGUGUACUAAGGUAACACCUUUAUUUUCAGAUGAUACAGAUAACUACAAGUGUGUAGCGUCCAAUACCCACACUGAUGCCAUCUACACAGUAUCCUUGAUCAUGACUAAAGAUGAGCCCCUACUCCUGACAGAACUGAAACCACCAAAGGUGACUGAAAGACAGACAGCAGUGUUUGAAAUCUGCCUGUCACAGAAAGUGCAAAACUUCACCUAGAAGCUCAAUGGGAAAGAGUUGAAGUGAAUGAAGUAUGAAAUAAUCACAUCUGAUGACAGAUUAGCCUACACUAUGAAAAUUAAGGGUGUUCCGUCCACUGACUUUAAAGAAUUCAAUGCUGAGACUGGAGUUAUAGUGCAGAGCAGAACACUCUUCAUUGAUCGGGUUCCAAUUCAGUUCAUCAGCAAUCUCAAGAGCACCCAAGUGAAAAAAAAAGAGAAAGCCUGCCUGGAGUGUGUGAUGACUUCUGAAGAUGUCAUCCUGAAGGAGACAGCGACACAAGAGAGUGACCCUCGAGAGCAGUACGGCAGUGCCAGUGUAACUCUGGAAGGUGUGCAGCCUGGCGAGGAGUCGGAGGCCAGGGUUGAGUGUGGCUGGCAGUGGGGAAGGAAGCCCCGGCUCCUGGAGGAUGUGUGCCAGGCCUGGUAUAUUACAGACAUGAAAAGGUUCUGGAUAGCAAAGCAGGGAGCCAUCCACAGACUCAUCAUUGACAGAAUGAGAGAGGAGCUUGAAGGGAGGUAGAUGUUCAGAGACAAGGGGGCAGAGAGUGGAGCAACAGUUGCUGUUGGAGAUUCUCCUGUUAUUGAAGAAUCCAUCCUCGAGCUUUUUGCUGCACACAGCGUUACUGUGAAGACUAAGCAUACAGUGAGCAUCAAGGUGCCUUUCAAGACAAAGCCAAUGCCCAAAGUCACAUGGUUCAAAGAUGGCACUGAGGUGACAGAGGAAGAGUGGUCAGCCACUCACCAUGCAAGCAAACUAAAACCCCCGCAGGGGAAAGCAGAGUUCUUGAACACAUGGGGGAAAUGUAAAAUGAGAUGGAAAGCACCCAAAGGCAAUGGAGAAAAGCAGGUGACUUGCUUCAUCUUCAAGAGGAAGAUGGCUGGAAAAAAACCAUGGAUCAAAGUAGGGGUUGUGGAAAGCAAGUGCACCACAUUUGCUACAGAUAAGGUGGAGGCGGGGAAAGCCCACUAAUUCUGAAUAUGUGCCAUCAACUCUGAGGGCCUCAUCAAGCUUGAAACAGAAGAAAUUUUUGCUGGAAAGCCUAUUAAGCCUCUGAGACAGGUGUCUCAGCCUCAAGUUGUAGAUGUCAGGGAAGAAGAUGUCACCAUCACCUGGAACUUCCCAGCCCAGGAUGGAGGCUCCUCAGUGCAAGGUUAUAUCAUAAAAAAAAGGAAGAAAGGCAGCAGUCUUUGUGUUCCAAUCACCAGGGAGCCAGUCCAAGGUACCAGAUUCAAUGAGGAUGGUUUUCUGGAGGAUACAGAGGAGUUCCAUGCGAUAUCUAUGAACGCUGCAGUCCCUGGUCUUCUCAGCAUGUCCUCAGCCUCCAUUGCAAAGGAUCCCCUCAAGCCUCCAGGACUGCUGAAGGUGAUGGAUUUUUCCAACUCCAGCAUUUCCUUAGCCUGGCAGGAGCCAGACCAGGAAGAUGUGCUGCCAGGAUACAUACUAGAGAUGUGAGCUGAGGACACCAAGAAAUGGAAUGAAGCUGGUAUGGGAGAAUCAGUGGAGCUACAGGAAGGAGUUCUAGCAAUGCCACCUUCAGAUACUCCCAGAUUUGAUCUGACUGUGAGGCUGAAGAGCCACAUGGUGGUUUGUUCUGGGAAAGCACCGUGCAUUCAUGCAUCUUCCCCUCACUCCCCACCACCACCAGCAAUGUGGCAAAAAGAAGUCCUUAUCCACAGCACCAAGCCAUUUAUUUCUGACCUGUACCAGAUCAUCCUCAAAAAUAGUUACCGAGAAGCCCUUUACGACAUUUGAAUGCAAGUUGCAGAUUUCCCCUGACCACCCACUUAUCUGCAGCUGGUCGAGGAAGUCCCUGACACUGUGACCCUAAAUCACAGCUCCAAUGUAGAAGACUACUAGCAGACUGAUUAUGGUAUCCUGAAAUGUGAUGUUAGUACCGCCUUGUGGUUCACAACCUCAGAGAAGGUCUACAGCAAUAAGUACACUGCCACAGUUCUGCUCUCAGGGAGGAAAUACUUAGUCAUUCUGUGCAAUGACACUGGGGACACUGACCUUUUGGAUUCACAGGCACAGCAGUACAUCUCCAAAGGUAGAGGAAGGACUGUUUCCCAUUGCAUCACCGCGCCGAAGAACCACAGUAUGAGUCAUGGCAAUGACUGUGCCACGAGCCGUGCUUUCACCAGUAACCCCCACCCAACAGGGGCACUGUACAAGGAUAUUAUCAUCACAUCCAAGUCUAAGUUGUGGUUCAACUCAACAAGUAGCAUCUGUCUGCUUGCAACUGGAGCCGUCAAGGUUGAACAAGAGCAGGACCUUUUUGAACAAGAGCAAGAAAAAAAAGAUGAAACAAGCCUCCUGGACACAGUGACAGAGAGUUUGCAGAAGUCAAAACACAAGAUGUAAUUAGUGGAACUAGCUCUGCCUGGUCCAGCAUGCAGAACAGCAUUGCUGUGGCUGUGUAGUUUAUCUUUGUGUAGCUCAAAAUGCAACUACCCUUGGCUUCUGUAAUGGUUGGUUAAACCAGGUGGCAGAGUGGGGCUUCUGCUCAGUAGGGAUGCUCCUGAUGUUUCUGUCUUCCUUCCCUCUAAGUAAUUUCGGACAGCAGGGUGCGGGGUAAAGGUGGUAUUUCUAAUACCAUCUGCUAAUGUGUCUUAAUGGUAAUAAAAGGAGCCGAAGAUUGCAGUUCACUCUUCCAUGUAUCAGUUUGUUUCCACACUGGUCAAUGAGAAUCCUGUUUCUGAGUUCAAGAGGAGACUUGGGUUCUGUCUCUGUGUCCCCAGAUAGCCCAGCAGGACCUCCAUGAUCAUCUAAGCUUCUUAAUGUCAGAUUGUAUAUAAACAUAGAGUAAGCAAUGUAUCUGAAGUACUUAAAUCCUUUCAAUACCAAGAAAGUAAAUACAGUCUGCAGCUUUGCAAAUGAGGGAGUCACUUUGUGAAAGAGCUAGCUGUAGAAGGUAAAACUUGAGAUCCAGAA